AUGGCACCUUUCGACCUAGACGCGUGUAUACAGCGGCUGCUGAAGAAACAACUUCUGCAUGAAGCGCUUUUGCGGGAGAUCUGCGAGAAGACGAAGGAGGUGUUGAUGCAGGAGAGCAAUGUUGUGCAUGUUAGCGCUCCAGUGACGGUCGUGGGGGAUAUACAUGGCCAGUUCCACGACUUGAUCGAGAUCUUCCGUAUAGGCGGUUACGCACCGCAUACGAACUAUCUCUUCCUUGGCGACUACGUCGAUCGCGGUCUGUUCAGCGUGGAGACGAUCUCCCUCUUGACGUGCCUCAAGCUACGAUACCCGCAUCGAGUACAACUUAUCCGGGGGAACCAUGAGUCGCGAGCAGUGACGCAGACAUACGGCUUUUACACGGAAUGUACUCGAAAAUACGGCUCGUCGCAUGUGUGGACAUACUUCACGGACAUGUUCGAUUUCUUGACACUGUCAGUCGUCAUCGACGACAGGAUAUUCUGUGUACACGGUGGUCUUUCACCGUCAAUACACUCCAUUGACCAAAUCAAAGUCGUCGAUCGGUUCCGGGAAAUUCCCCACGAGGGUCCCAUGGCGGAUCUCGUCUGGUCAGACCCAGACGCCGAAAAGGAAGACUUUGCAAUCUCCCCUCGAGGUGCAGGGUACACCUUCGGUGCAGGCGUCGUGUACAAGUUCCUCAACCAAAACAAACUCGUGCAUAUAUUGCGUGCGCAUCAGCUGUGUAUGGAGGGCUUUACCCAGUUGUUCGACCGACAUCUAAGUACGGUCUGGAGCGCUCCAAACUACUGUUACCGCUGCGGGAACAUGGCCUCCAUUCUCGAGGUUUCCCCUGGAGAGGGGAUGUUCUUCAAUGUGUUUGAGGCCGCGCCGGAGAACGAGCGGGAAGGCGUGGGCCAGCCGGCUCCCGGAGUACUUCUUGUGACGUGGAUUGUUAUGUAUAAUAUGUAUUCCUCACGCACCGCGGACGACCUUCAUGCAAGUCUAUAUACUGAUAAUGGCAGCACAUAUCCUUCCGGCUAUGGCCACGCGCAAUUGAAUGUGCGCGCGUCAGUUGCCGCGGUAUCUUCCCAGUGAUCCUUUGGUGCCAGUUUCUGCAACAUUGACA